GCCUCCCCCCCCCCAAGAGAGCCAGAGAGGGAGCAGAAAGCAGAGUGCAGCUCGCCCAAUCCCUCUGCAAACUUUGCUCACUUCAUCGCCUGGCGAAAUCGGACUCUGGGAUUAUUUGAAGCGUUGGGGAGAGAAGACGGGCAGAGAGAGCGGGGAACUUCACACUGCGCUCAGAAACAAGAUGCUGCUGCCCGUGCCUGGCUGUAUCAGCUCCUGCACGUGGCGAUGCUAACAGCUUCUAAACCCUCAGCCACUCCACGUGAGCACUGAGCAUUGCAGGACACCCUCAGAUGCACCAAUGAUUUCAGCAGCACUUCAGAGGCAUGUCACAAGCUCGAUUCUUUAUUCUCCUUGUACCACUGUCCAUGAAUUUUCAGGGAGCAUCCGUUGAAGUUCUGGAGAACACAGUGGAAAAGUGGAAAAGAUAUUCCGACGAAUGUUUUCGAAACAUGUCUCGGGCCUCGCAGCCGAAAGGUGUCGUGUGUAAUCGGACCUUCGAUAAGUACGCCUGUUGGCCCGAUGGCCUCCCAAACACCAUUGUGAACAUUUCGUGCCCCUGGUACUUACCGUGGUAUAAUACAGUGCAGGAUGGCUUCGUUUUCAGAAAGUGCGGGCCUGACGGUAACUGGGUGAUGGACACCAUUAAACAGCCCUGGAGAGACAGCAGCCAGUGCAAAGAUGAUCCCAAGGAUGACCGAGCUCAGCAGGAACAAGGGAAGAUUUUACACGGUUUCAAGAUAAUGUACACAGUGGGAUAUUCGCUGUCUUUAGGGACCCUGGUGUUGGCCCUGGGAAUUCUGGUGGGAUUUGGGAAACUUCACUGUAUGCGGAACUACAUCCACAUGAACCUGUUUGCCUCUUUCAUCCUUCGAGCAGUCUCUAUCCUCAUUAAAGACGCUCUUUUUAAAACGCAGUACAAACAAAUCACAGAGGAUGUUGAUAUUAAAGUCUGGUUUAACAAUGAGACCGCAGCAGGUUGCAGAACAGCUCAAGUCCUCAUGCAAUAUUGCAUCGGGGCGAAUUACUAUUGGCUGCUGAUUGAAGGGAUCUACUUACACAACCUGCUGGUGAUUGCUGUCUUCUCCGAAAAGAGCUACUUUAAUAUUUAUUUAUGCAUCGGCUGGGGAUCACCAGUGUUAUUCGUCGUCCCCUGGGUCGUUGUCAAGUAUUUAUAUGAAAAUACUGGGUGUUGGACAACAAACAAAAACAUGGCGUUCUGGUGGAUCAUCCGUUCUCCUAUCCUACUCUCUAUACUGAUCAAUUUCUUCAUUUUUAUCAGAAUUAUUCACAUUCUUGUGUCUAAACUUAGAGCUCACCAGAUGAGGUACACCGAUUAUAAAUUCAGACUGGCCAAGUCCACGCUGACUCUGAUCCCAUUGUUGGGGAUCCAUGAAGUGGUGUUUGCCUUUAUCACAGAUGAACACGCACAGGGGACUCUUCGACACGUCAAGCUCUUCUUCGAUCUCUUUUUAAAUUCCUUUCAGGGUAUGCUGGUUGCCAUAUUGUACUGCUUUGUCAACAGAGAGGUGCAGUCGGAGCUCCUCAAGAAAUGGAAGAGGUGGAAACUGGGCCAGGACAUCGAAGAAGAGUACAGGCACACUUACAGUCAGCCGUCACACGCGAGGAACGGAACUGCCAACCUGGAGAAGCACAAGCUGGUGAGCAGCUACCACAAUGGGAAUGAUGAGGCACCCCACCACACUGUGGAACCCGUGCCGCAAUUCACUGAAAAGCCCGAGUCUUCGCCCGAACAAAUAACACUGAAGGCCGAGCUCCCCUGCUGCGAAGGCCCGAAACCGACAGAGCACAAAAUUUUGUGUUUGUUGGAGAGUAAUUGUUAGAUGGAAGGUGGACAGGCAAUGACCAGCUUUAUGUUGGGACUGAGAAAGAAAAGGUGACUGUGAGCCCGAGGCAAGACAUUGAAAAAAAAAAUCACCGAAUUUCUAACCGAAAGCAGAGAGGAGCUCACAGAUAAUUAUUGCAUGGAAAUGCCUGAUGACAACUUUUGAGGGAACUUGGGCCAUGUCCCUUUUGACUUCACCCUGCUUUCAGAACAAUGUUCCUCUAUACAUGUGCCUGCUUCCAGGCUGAUGUUCACUGCACUGUUACUUGCAGUGUGAUAAAACAAUUCAGGCAAUAGUGAUCAAAAGCGAUGUCUCCCUAACUAGGAACAGCAUUAAGGUGGCACUUAAGGAGCACUGAUGGUUAGAGAGGAAGAAGGAUUUUUUAAUAGAUGUUAAACACCCCUACGAAACGAAACAGCGAUAUUUAAGAUAGCACGUCGCUUACCGAGAAGGAGUGACUUGACAGGUGGUGACUGCAGUCAGCUGUCAGAGGAAGCCACUUUAACCUUGAUGCACAGAUUUCCUUUCUUCAAACGCACAGCCAGCAGCUCUGAUCGGUCAAGCCCUGGCUCAACCUAAAUUAUUUGUGAUUUGUGUGGAAUAUGUGUGUGUGUUUGUAUCUGUCUGUGUGUUUUCAUCUGGCACAGGCCAUCACCCAAUAGACCAGCAUUCACUGCCCAUCCUUAAUUGCCCCAUAAAGAUGGCGCUGUACCAGCUUCUUCAACCACUGCAGUCCAUAUGAUAGACCAAAUGUCUGUGCUUGUCUGUCUUUCUCUGUGUGUGUGUGUGUGUGUGUGUGUGUGUGUGUGUGUGUGUGUGUGUGUGUGUGUGUGUGUGUGUGUGUCAGUCUGCGCUUGUAUCUGUUUUGGAAGGUGUUUGUUUUUUGUGUGUGUGUGUAUCUGUUAGGGUAUUUGUGUCUGUGUGUCUGUGUGUCUGUCCAUCUCUGUGUGUGUGUGUCCCAUCCCAGCCACAUGUGAACAAGAUGUCCAAAUAUCAUUUGGCCUUUAUGUACAGGUCACACGAGCAAGAUGCUGGAGGAUCAGAGAUAAACUUUUACUUCAGCACAGUAAACAGCUAUUGUGCAGCAGUCUAUCUGAACUUCAAUAUGUGUACAUAAAGACUCCACUCCCAACUGUGAAUUGCCCCUUAUCAACAGCAUGCUCGGGUGCGUGGGUGGGGGUAGCCCCCAGUGAAUUCUCAAGAUUGAAAUCUAAACUUUAUUAUAUUGUGUUGUUAGACUACAACAAAGUCUAUCUGCUGUUUAAAAAAAAACAACAAAUUUUCAUUGGAAAUUAAUGUCUGGAAGAUUUCUCAGUGAUGGUGGAUUUGAAACUUGGUGAAAUUAAUGCUGCUCAUUUGUGGUUUUCCAUUGCUCAGCUCCUCGAAACUUCAAGGAAUCACAAGCCUCCAAUAUUCUUUGUCUCCAGUGAGAAUGUAGCCUGGGAGUUUAACAGGUAUCUCACAAAAAAAUAACAAGUUAGGAUGUGUGCGAUACAAAGACACACACGUAUGCGUGUACACACACAUAUACACAAGCACACGCACACACAUACACCACACACAGAUCUGUAAUUACACACACAAACAGUUAUCGAUGUGUAUACGCACACAACACAAACACUUAUAGACACAUACAUACACACAGGUAUAUGCAAAUACACACAGGUACACACAUUCAUGUAGAUGCACACACAGAGGUACACACUUAUACACAGGUAUAUACAUAUGUACACACAUGUACAUGCACAUGCACACAUAAUAUACCAGAUUAAGUGUGGAAAUGAAUGACAAGUCAUUCAAUAGAAAAACUUUUGCAUCAUUCAUGCGUAGGUGAGGGUGUCACUGGCUAAGCCCAGCAUUUAUUCCCCAUCCCUGGUUGCCCCAGAAGGUGGUGGUGAGCUACGCUCUUGAACCACUGCAGUCCAUGUGCUAUCAGUGAGGGAAUUCCGGGAUUUUGACCCAGCGACAAUGAAGGAAUGGUGAUAGAUUUCCAAGUCAGGAUAGUGAGUGGCUUGGAGGGGAACUUGCAGGGCGUAUGGUUUCUAUGCGCCAUUAAAAAAUCUGUGAAAGUUUUUUUUUCAAAUACCUACAGAGAUACCAUUUCCAUUGGCAUGGGGAUCAGAAACCAGAGGACAGGGCCAUAAAAUAACUGAUAAAAGGACCAUCAAUAGGAACAGUGGGAGCAUGCAUGUAGGUAAGGCCUGUUAAAGAGGAGAGAGUUUUACACCGGGAUUGAUACCACUACCUGGCAGAAUGGUCGAGUGCAGAAUUCAAAAGGGAGCUGGAGAUAUAUUUUAGAAAGAAACAAUUUACAGAGUCUCGCUGAAAGAAGAGGGGACUGGAAUUAAUUAGACAGCUGUUUUAGUUUCAGUGAGCUAAAAAACUAAGAUUCUAUGAAAAUUAGAGGGAUCAGACAAGGGUCCUGUUGCUUGGUCUUCAACCACCUUAGUUUUGACAAUAACCAAUUGCAAAAUGACAAGAAGAAUCCAAAAGAAAUUGCAUUGAGGGUUUAAACCAAACUCAUGUGCAUGUGGAAUAUGAAUGAUAGACUGAGGUAGGUGAUCUCCCAUUGUGGGAUUGAGCUCUAGUACAGGGGACUGCAUGAUAACCAUUUUCAGUGGAAUUCACACCGAGUGAGAGCGGUGGGGGCUCACUAGGUUGAUACUGGGGGUGGCCAGACUGUCCCAAGAGGAGAGAUUGGUUCAAUUGGGCCCGUGUCCGCUAGAGUUUGGGACAAUGAGAGGGGAUCUGACUCAAACCUAUAGACUUCUAACAGAGCUGGACAGACCAGAUGCAGGGAGGACGGGGAGUCUAGAAUCAGGGGACGUAGCCCCAGGGAUAGACCAUUUAGGACUGAGAUGAGGAGACAUCACCCAAAGGGGAGUGAACCUGUGCGAGUCUCUACCACAGAAGGCCGUCGGGACCGAGUCACUAAAUAUAUUCGAGAAAGAGAUUUAUAGUUCUGAGAAUAUGAAGACAUCAAGGAGUAUGGGGAGAAAGUGGAUCUGCCAUGAUAUUGAAUGAAGGGCUGAAUGGCCCACCCCUGUCACUGGUUGCUGUGUUGCUCUGAAAUGAAUGGGAAGCAAAGCUGGUCCAUUUUGAUGCCAGCUCCUUCAUGGUGACCUUCCCCCCCAAUCCUCCUCACUACCACUGCCCCUUGGUGUAUCCAAACCAGUCAGCCAUUUGGAUGGCUGAAUAUAGGGGCCAGUGUGAACACACUGACGGACACCACCAUCCGGAGCACAGAUCAACUCCCUGCUUCCACAGCUCUUUCACUUUGACUCCUUGAAGUUGAGAUUUGGUGUAGGUAGUGUAUGGGGUUGGAAAACUGCCGCUCGUACUCACUGCUCAAUUUUGCUUCCCGGGGCUUCCGGUCAAAAUUGGGCAAGGACUAAACCUGUGGCCAUCAUUCCAUGUCUCCACUGGAUUUUCACCUCACUCCAGUGUUAUUACAAUAAUCUGACUGGAACUCUGAGUUUCAGAAUCCCACUUUUAACAAGACUGUUGAGUUAUUCACCAUUACCUUAUCUUUCUCACUGUUUCCUGUUUGCUCUGAUUGUAGUUUUAAGAAAGAAAAACUGGGUAGUGAGCAUAUUUAGCAUUUGUUGCCCAUCCUGAACUGUUGAGUCAGCCAUAUUGGAGUCACAUGUAGGCCAGACCAGGUAAAGAUGGCAGAUUAAUGAACGAGAUGGCUUUUUAUGAUAAUCGGUGAUAGUUUCAUGCUCACCGUUACUGAGAUUCCAGAUAUGAAAUUAUUUAAAUUUAAAUCCCUCAACUACCUUGGUGGCACUAGAACCCAUUUCCCCAAAACAGUAACCACGGCCUGGGUUACGGUCCAGUGGCCUGGGUCAUUGUCCCACCUUUUCCUUAGAACAAGCUUCGCUGCCCAAUAUUGAGCCCAGACCCCAGGCUGCGGAGAUAGGGCUGGAGGGUGGGACUAGCCGGGGAGUUCUUUUGGAAACAGGUACAGAUACAGUGGGCCAAAUGGCCUCACUGUGUACUGUAAAAUUCUCAUUCAGCUUCCAGUGGUCAAGAGUUCAAAGGUUAAUUAGGUGGGCAGUGGACAGGGAGCAGAGCCAUCCAGGAGUUUAGAAUUCUACCUCUGGGAGUUAGCUGGUUUGGAUCCAGUGUGAUAAACCCCAAGAGAGAUUUCAAACCCGCGAUUAUACGUGGGGGAAAGACUGAGGGGGGGGAAUCAGUCGGUGCAGCAUCUCAUAUUCCUGACUCAGAGAGGGCAGAGAAACCAGCAACCCCGCCCAGUCCCAACCACCCACACCCACACCGCUGGAGUUCCUCAUUGUUGUUGGGGCUGAGAGAGAGAGGGUAGGAAGACUGGUACAGCCAGAACAAACCAACCCUGUUACACUGAUAUUCCCACCACCCCACGAGUGACUCCCCAGCUGGGAGACCUGGACUGUAAGGUUGGGAUCUCUGAAGCUCUGCGCCCUGUCUCUGGUUUGAGCAGGGUCCGUCAGCCUCCAGCCCUCACUUCCAGCUGAAUGCUGAAGAGAUAGAACAAGAAACUGAGGAUGCUAGUGAUCUGAGUGAAACAAAACACAUGGGCAGUGAUGAAGAAACUCAGCAGGUCGAGUUUUUAUUUGGAGAGAGAAACAGAGUCAACAUUUCGAGUUGAAAUCUCACUACAGUUAUCCCUUUCAGGAGCAACUUGACCCUGGUUAAAGAGAAAUCCUUUCGCUUAGCUUCAUCAUUCAUGGUUUUGCCUUUAAUCUGGAGAUUUGUAAAUGGGAUUGUAAUAUUACUUCCCUGUUUUUUUAACCUGCAAUUCAUGCCCUCGGGUAGCGGAGAAGUUGGGCUCAUUAGCUGUUCUGUUUGAUGUCCCCACACAGUAUUUUCAGUCCCAGUUCCUUCUUAGUGCCUCCUCGUGUAGCUUGCUUCAGUCAACGGCAGUGUGCUCUAUAUUAUUGAGGUCAGGUACGAGGUUCAGUGACACAGCAGCCCUGCGUGUUAACAUUGUGCACAGUGGAACACAAUAGAUAUGUUUAUUGUCCAGUUUCUUCUUUUUAAAGUUGUAUGGUAAAUGCUUCGUUAUGCUAAAUGUGCCAUGAGUUCUGAAUGGUUUUGGAAAACGUGCGUGUAAAAUAAGACAAAAAUCUAUGAAUUGUUAAAGCCUAUUUGCACAGUUUAAUUUAUAUGAACAUGUAAAUACUUGUGUACAGAUAUAUACAACAUAAAGACUUUUGUAUGUGACAUUCUCAGGCAGACGUUCUUGUCUAUUUGAGCUGUAGCGUUGCUCGUGGUUAAAGUGCUCUCUUUAUCUUAAGGGUCCCAGGAGCUGAGGAAAGUUCCGGGACUAGUCGUGAAUCAAGCUCGGUCCUUCUGAAUGUAGCUUUUCAGUGAGAAUGCUUCCCCAGUGUGUUCACCUUCUCGGCCCGUGUGCAAUAUGCUUGGCUACUUAGCUAGCUUUGGCUAGUAAUAUUGACUAGAGGGGUGGCGUCUUGGAUGCUUUCGGGGUCCUUCGCCCCCCCCCCCCCAGAACUUUGGGACCCACCCCUCGUGUCAUUGUCAUCAGCCGAUCUUGGACCAGAUUCCUGCGAACUGAUGCAAGUUUGUCUGCUGCCUACUCACCAUUUAAGUAAGAAACUAAGGGGGGGACAGGACUUAAUGAGUAAAUGUUCUGCUUGGUCCCGUGUACCAUGUUUGCAAAAAUAAAGACAAAG